CACAAAAUAGACAAAGGAUUGAAUGGAGGCAAAGCUUAGAGAUAUAGCAACUGACAAGGUUUAUGAAGAAUUUGAACCAGUAACAGAAUGGGUACAUGAGGAAGAUUGUGACACCCUUCUUCUUUGUCUACCUGAUUUCAAGAAGGAGCAACUGAAGGCCCAACUAACCUCAACUCGAAGCCUAAUUAUCAGUGGAGAACGUCAAGUUGGAGGCAACAAAUGGAGUCGCUUCAAGAAACAAAUACCCAUUUCAACAAACUGUGACGCCCAGAAAAUCAGUGCAAGGUUCGAUGGCAGCAUACUUUAUGUUAAACAACCAAAACUGAUCACUCCAGCAGAAAAUAAAGACAAAGCAAAGCCAGCCAUUGAAGCUCCAGAACCUCGAAAACCCGAAAAUGAUCAGCCAAAACCCCAAAAGAAUGAUCAAGAACAAGAUGGACAAAAAACUGCUUCAAUGGUUGAUCUGGCCAGGCGGACAAAUGAAAAGCCUAAUGAGUUAGACACUGCCAAAAUGGUUGCUGAGAAGAGAAAUGGAUCAGUGGAUUCAAAAAUUGUUUCCGAGAAGGCGCCAGAGAGGGAGGAGACUAAUCCUGAAAAUGCACCAGAAAAGGCUAUAGAAAAGGAAAAAAAUAGUAGUACACCUCAAGAUCAAAAGGUAUCAAGAGAUACAAGUGAAAAACACGAAAAUGGUUCGGCCAAUGAUGGCGCAAGGAGGGAGGAAGGAGCCUAUGGAAAGAAGGCCGAUAGUGGAAAGGCUAGACUAGAGGAUGCAAAAUUGAAGAAGAUUAAGAGAGUGAUGAACAUGGUUCUGGUAAUUCUAUUUGCUCUUUUACUUGGACUGUACUUGACAAAUUUGUUUAGGUCUUGGAAGAAAGGUGAGAAUUAAUGAGGCUGAUCAUAAUGUACUGUGAUGAACAUUUGAUGGUGGGGAACAAUUAUUUGUCAAUUUAUUGAAUAAAAAGACUUGCAGAAUUGAAGACCU